CCCCGCCCAUGGAGCCCGCCCCGCGCCUGCCUUAGCGCGGCGCGCCCGGAGCGCAGCAGCCGGCAGCGGGGAUGGCGUCUCCGGGAGCCCUGGAGCCGGCGCCCGCCAGCGUCCCGGCCACCAAGCUGGAGCUCACCGUCUCCUGCAGGAACUUGCUGGACCUGGACACCUUCUCCAAGUCUGACCCUGUAGUGGUUCUGUUCGUCCAGGGGAGUGGCAGCAAGGAGUGGAGGGAGUUUGGACGCACCGAAGUGAUUGACAACACCCUGAACCCCGACUUCGUCCGCAAGUUCGUCCUUGAUUAUUUCUUUGAGGAGAAGCAGAACCUGCGCUUUGAUGUCUACAACGUGGAUUCCAAGAGCUGCAACAUCUCUAAACACAAGGACUUUCUGGGCCAGGCGUUCGUGGCGCUGGGCGAAGUGAUCGGAUCCCAGCGGAGCCGCUUGGAGAGACCCCUCACGGGGGUCCCAGGGAAGAAGUGUGGGACCAUCCUGCUGUCAGCUGAGGAGCUCAGCAACUGCCGGGACAUUGUCACCAUGCAGCUCUGUGCCAACAAGCUGGACAAGAAGGACUUCUUCGGGAAAUCCGACCCCUUCCUCGUUUUCUACCGCAGCAACGAGGAUGGCACGUUCACGAUUUGCCACAAGACAGAAGUAGUGAAAAACACACUCAACCCUGUAUGGCAGCCAUUCUCCAUCCCCGUGCGAGCCUUGUGCAACGGGGACUACGACAGGACGGUGAAGAUAGACGUGUACGACUGGGACCGGGAUGGAAGCCACGAUUUCAUCGGGGAGUUUGCCACAAGCUACCGGGAGCUUUCCCGCGCUCAGAGCCAGUUCACAGUCUACGAGGUGUUAAAUCCAAAGAAGAAAUGCAAGAAGAAGAAAUACAUCAACUCUGGAACGGUGACCCUUCUCUCCUUUGCUGUGGAGUCCGAGUUCACCUUUGUGGAUUACAUCCGAGGCGGGACACAGCUGAAUUUCACAGUCGCCAUUGAUUUCACGGCCUCCAACGGGGUCCCGUCGCAGCCCACCUCCCUGCACUACAUGAGCCCGUACCAGCUGAGUGCCUACGCCAUGGCACUGAAGGCCGUCGGCGAGAUCAUCCAGGACUACGAUAGUGACAAGCUCUUCCCCGCCUACGGUUUUGGUGCCAAGAUCCCACCUGACGGCAGCAUUUCCCAUCAGUUCCCCCUGAACAGCGACAUGGAGAACCCAAGCUGCAUGGGGAUUGAUGGCGUCCUGGAGUCCUACUUCCAGAGCCUGCGCACGGUGCAGCUGUACGGGCCCACCAACUUCGCCCCUGUCAUCAACCAGGUGGCCCGCUUGGCUGCCCAGGUGACGGACGGAUCGCAGUACUACGUCUUGCUCAUCGUCACCGACGGCGUCAUCUCUGACAUGAUGCAGACCAAGGAGGCCAUCGUCACCGCCUCUGCCCUGCCCAUGUCCAUCAUCAUCGUGGGAGUGGGCCCGGCAGAGUUUGAUGCCAUGGAAGAACUGGAUGGAGAUGAUGUGCGGGUCUCCUCCAGGGGGCGCUAUGCAGAGCGGGACAUUGUGCAGUUCGUGCCAUUCCGGGAUUACGUGGAUCGCUCCGGGAACCAGGUGCUGAGCAUGGCGCGCCUGGCCAAGGACGUGCUGGCCGAGAUCCCGGAGCAGCUGCUCUCCUACAUGAAGAGUCACGACAUCAAGCCCCGCCCUACUGACCCACAGUAGCUCCUCCUCUGUGCAGCCCAAGCCAAUCAGACACUGCUGCUCCUGCCAGGCCUGAGACCGCAUCCCCCAGCACGCGCCCGCCUGAGCCGAGCUGGUUGUCGCCCCCUGGAUGCAGCCCUGGAGGCUGGCUCAGCCUGCAGGGCUGGCACUGUGCCUCUGUUGGGGGGAGGGCAGCUGCUGGCCUGAGCUCCCUUCCCUGCCAGCUGCAGGCAGCCCAGGGGCCUGGGAGCAGGGCAGGGUCAGAGGUGUUCAGCAGUGUCUCGUCAGGCCCCCCCCACUGGCCCAAUAAGGGGGUGCGGAGCCCUGCCCUGUCCAGAUCCUGCCAAUAAAGCUUUGUAGGUGCCCUGGUGCCUGUGUCGUGCUGGGGCUUGGGGCAGUGCCUUGGCUCAGGCCUCGCAGGCUCGUUCUCCUGCCAGUCCCCCCACUGCUCCCUGCUGACAUGGCAGCGCUCUCGGCUGGCAUGCAGGGCUUCCAGGCCGCGGCAGUGUUCCCAGCAGAGCCAGGCCUGGGCCUGGGCCUGAGAUGGCAGCAGGGUGUGGGAGCCACACGCACCCGGGCCCAGUGCCAUGCUGCGUGGAGCUGCGGCCAGGGGCUGCUGUUUCUUGGGCACCUGCUGAUCAUGGGCAAUGGGCUCCAUGCUGCACGGCUCGGCCAGUGCUGCCUCCCUCUGAACCUGAGUGGGGCUCUCACCCACCAUCUCCCCUGGGAACCGUGGGUGAGGGCAUGGGGCAACUGGGCCACCAGCUCCUUUGUGCUGAGCUCUCGCCCAGGAAAUCCCGGCCUCCAUGGUUGCCAGGGACUGGCUGCAUUGAGCCCCAGAUCCCCCGUGCUCUUCAGUCUGAGCUGGGCAGAUGGAUGAGCUGGGGGCAGGGCUAAUGGGGCCUCAGGCACAUCCCAGGGCGUGAGCCCAGGAUUCAUGGGCACACCCUAGCCGGGGCCAUGUCUUCAGACUGACCCUGCAGCUCUUGGGGGUGGGCAUCAGUCCCUGCUCCGAUAAAUCGGCAACUCGCCCAGCCUCAGCUGGGCUCUGUGGGACCUGCUGGGGAGCCCAGCUCUGUUCAGGGCAGGUCGCUGCAGGCCUGCCUCCCUGCUCUGGAUGGGCCAAGCAGCUGCCGCAUCCCCACACACACUUUAGUAUGAACACU